UUGCCUCUAUUUAAUCCAUUAGACCAAAGAAUUACCAUCAACUAGUCUCAUUUCUGAAAAUAUGGAAAAAAAAGUUGCAAUUGUUGGGGCAGGAAUUAGUGGCCUACUUGCUUGCAAAUAUGUUUUGGAGAUUGGUCUUCAUCCUAUUGUCUUUGAAGCUGAAGAUGAUGUUGGAGGAAUAUGGAGACAUACUAUUCAAUCUACAAAACUCCAAACACCCAAACAAGAUUUCCAAUUUUCUGAUUUUCCAUGGGACUCUUCUAUAAAAGAAGAUGUUCCACAUAAUGAACAAGUGCUUGAUUAUAUUAAAUCUUAUGCUAAUCAUUUUUCCAUCAUUCCUCACAUCAAAUUCAAUUCCAAAGUCAUUGAUAUAGAUUUUGUUGGAGAGUCUAAUGAAGAAAUCAAUUCAUGGAAAUUAUGGAGUGGUAAUAAUAGUCCUUUUGGCUCCAAGGGAAGAUGGCAUAUUACUAUAGAGGAUACUAAGAACUUUUCAACAGAGGUGCACAAGGUUGAGUUUGUUAUCCUUUGCAUUGGAAAGUAUAGUGGUUUGCCAAACAUUCCCACGUUCCCUCCUGGAAAAGGCCCUGAAGUUUUUAAAGGUGAAGCUAUGCAUUCUAUGGAUUAUUCUGCCUUGGACAAUGACGUUGCUGCUAAGUUGAUAAAAGACAAGAGUGUUACAAUAGUAGGCUCCGGAAAAUCUGCUCUUGAUACAGCUGUUGAAUGUGCCACUCUAAAUGGUGUGGCUCAUCCUUGCACAAUCAUCCAUGGAACAUCACAUUGGGUUCUCCCAACUUUGAGUGUAUGGGGCAUUAGUCUUGCAUUGUUAUAUUUCAACCGUUUUGCAGAGUUUUUAGUUCACAAGCCAGGAGAACCAUUUUUUCUUGCUCUUGUGGCCUUUUUACUUGCACCAUUGAGAUGGGGAAUUGGAAAAAUUGUUGAAUUAUACUUAAAAGGGAACUUACCAAUGAAGAAAUAUGGAAUUGAACCUAAACACAGUUUUCUUCGUGAUUGGGAUGCUUGUCGAAUUUUUAUUCUUCCAGAAUACUUUUUUGACAAAUUGAAUGAAGGUUCCAUUGUGAUAAAGAAAUCAAAAAGCUUUUGGUUCAGCAAAGAAGGUUUGAUCGUUAAUGAAGAAGCUAAGCCUCUAGAAACAGAUAUAGUUAUUUUUGCCACAGGAUAUAAAGGUGACCAAAAACUUAAAAGCAUAUUCAAAUCUCCACUAUUCCAGAAUCAAAUUAUUGGCUCAACAAACGUAACAGUUCCCCUAUACAGGCAAAUAAUUCAUCCUCGAAUUCCACAACUGGCAAUAAUAGGAUUCGCUGAGAGCAUAUCAAAUCUAUAUUCAAAUGAAAUUAGAUGCAAAUGGCUAGCACAUUUUUUAGAAGGAAACAUUGAAUUGCCAAAUAUAAAAAAUAUGGAAAAGGAUAUCAAAAUAUGGGAAGACAACAUGACACAAUAUGUUAGAAAUUGGAAAUCAUGCAUUAAUACUUGUGGCAUAUGGUAUAAUGAUCAAUUGUGCAAAGACAUGAAAUGUAACCCUCGAAGGAAGAACACUACUUUUACGGAGAUAUUUGAACCAUAUGGGCCCAGUGAUUACAAGGGUCUUAUUCGUAAAUGAUUGUCAUAAUCAUCAUUAUUUUAGACUUUUUAUAUUUUAUAUUUGGGUGAAUAAGUGUUUGUCAUAUGUUCAAAGACAUUGUGAAGUGUACUAUUAGAAGAAUAUGUAACUUCAAAAUAAAUAAGAAUUGAGUCAAUGA